UGUUGGAAAACGUUCCUUAAAGAUGGUCACUUACGGAUUAUUUGUGGUUUUUGCUGUCCUUGCGUCCUCGCAGGCUUACGCACCAGGGUUCUUUGACAAUGCCCUUAAUGUUGGUAACUAUGCGCCAAUGUCAAGAAACUUUAACUGUGGCAACAUCCAGCAUCCUCUUGGCUGCACCUUCUCCCCAGACUGCUCAGUGAAAACAUGCAAAGUCGACUUUGUUGGACUCAAGUUUGAAUUCCAGUUGACCAUCAACAAGUGUGAGAACCCUGUCACCGUCACUAUCAGCUUUAAGGUUCAUCCACUCAACAUCAACUUCGCCCACACCUUCCCAUCAGACCAGACCAUCCCAAUUCCUGGACUUGAGAAUGGUUUUGGUCCUCUGCGAGGAGGAGUCUUUGUUAUGGUCAAAAUGAGGCCAGACAAUGGAAAGCUCAAUGUCAAGAUCCAACUUCAGUGUGGUAUUGCCAUUGGCAAUAAUCCAAUCUUCCCAAUUGUUCUUGACCUCUUGAAAGGACCUUUACCAAUUGACACAAGCACUUGCAAUGGAGGCGGAGGAGGAGGAGGCGGAGGAAUCCCACCACCACCACCACCACCAGCAGUGUGUGAAGAUACCAAUCCUCUYUGCGGCUUCCUCAAAGGACAGUGUGGCAAUCCACAAAUCUCUGGCAUGUGUCAAAAGACAUGCGCGAAAUGCUAAGUGACGUCACAUCUACCAUGAUGACGUMAUAYAUUUACCUUAAUUCUKAUAUGUUACGUAGAAAUAAAGCUGUUGGUCAUUUGUGAACUACUAA